AUGCCCAAUAUCACUCUUGAAACGACCGAGACUUCACUCGAAAGUAGCUAUCGCGUAGUAGUUAUCGGGGCUGGGCUUGCCGGUGUGAGCGCUGCAAACCAACUCCUUUCGUCUGGUCACUUCGACUCCAGCGACGUGUGCGUGCUGGAAGCACAGUCUCGCAUUGGUGGACGUGUGCAAACUAAGUCCUUUAGCGACGCACUCCCCGUGAACGUGGAGGUGGGAGCUGCUUGGAUCCACGGAACGGAGGGCAACCCGUUCGCCGCGUUGGCCAAGCAAUUCGGCAUCUCUUUCAAAGAGAUCAGCCCGAGGAAUCCAUGGCUUCACCCGGGCUCGUGCCCGAACUUCCUGCUCUUCAACGGUAGUCACCAAUUGAGCGAACAGCACACGAAGGACGCUUGGGAACUUCAAGAGCUGCUUAUGUACAAGCUCCAGACGCUGGCGAGGUCGGACCUCGGUGACGAUCACCGAGAGAAGACGCUAUCUGCUGUAGUGGAACACCUCCUUGUCUCGGACCACGAGCUCGUCGAGAUCAUGGCCGAUGGCAAGGCUCGCGAUAGAAUCGAUUUAUUCCUGCGGUUAAUGGAGGCUUGGUUCGGCCUUACCACCGAUGAUCUCAACCUCGACGUGUUCGUCGAUACCGAUCUAAUGGGCGACGACCCUGGCGCUCACUGCAUCGUCCCCACGGGUAUGGAACGCUUCAUUGAGCACCUAGCCGAACCCAUUCGUGACAUCAUUCACACGAACGUGUCGGUGGCGUCAAUAAACUACGACAGUCCAGAAGGAGUGAUCAUUGAAUGCACCGAUGGACGUCGUGUGACAGCCGACCGUGUCAUCGUUGCAACUUCACUGGGUCUGCUUCAGAGCGGCAAGCUCCACUUCCAACCGGAGCUGCCAGACGUGAAAACUGGAGCUCUCAAGCGAUCUAAGAUGGGUCAGUACAUGAAGGUAUUGGUGCAAUUCCCUGAGGUCUUUUGGCCCAAACACGCUACGUUUAUGGGGCAGCUUAAGAAGAAAGACUCAAGCGAUGGUCGUCACAUUUACUUCCCGCUGGUGUUCAACUACCACCUCGCCAAAGGUGUGCCUAUCCUGGAAGGCGUCCUGAUCGGCGACAAUGCCAGCGCCAUUUCGGCUUCAUUCACUGACGAGGAGAUCGCACACGCACUGUUCUUGCAAAUGCAAGAGACGUUCGGGCCUGCAGUCCCUAAGCCCAUCAACCACUUCAUCACUCGGUAG